ACUUUAGAGACAGUGCGGUAUGUGCACGUGCUUACCCCAUUGCUCAGCCUCAGCUGGUUGCCAGUUUCUGAGUGGGGAGAGAAAACGAGAGCGAUACAGGGAGGGAACUUAUAUCAGUAGUCUCUAUCUUCGCUUUUUCCCUCUUUGGCGCAUCCUCCGUCGAGCCCGACCUGCUGUACGUAUUUACCUCCCUGUGGAAGACAGACUGGGGAAUCCACCUGGCGGAGAGCGGACACACCUCGGGAUGGAUGCCCUGAAAUCCGCCGGCAGAGCGAUUAUCAAGAGCCCCGGAGUUCCGCGGCACACAUGGGGAACUUCAAAGCACGAAAAACUGCCAGAGAAUUGGACAGACACCAAGGAGACUCUGCUGGAAGGGAUGGUGUUCAAUGUAAAGUACCUGGGUAUGACUCUGGUGGGCCAGCCCAAAGGAGAGGACAUGGCGUCAGCUGCCAUUCGCAGAAUUGUUGCCACGGCCAGAGCCAGUGCUAAGAAGUUUCGGAAAGUAACAUUGACGGUCUCACCAAAAGGCAUCAUCAUGACAGACACAGAGACUACAGACCUCAUAGAAAAUGUCUCCAUAUACAGAAUCUCGUACUGCACAGCAGAUAAAACUCAGGAUAAGGUCUUUGCAUAUGUCUCUCAGAGUCAGUUCAAUGAGACCCUGGAGUGCCAUGCAUUUCUCUGCCAAAAGAAGAAGAUCGCUCAGGCUGUGACUUUGACAGUAGCCCAGGCCUUUAAAGUAGCCCUCGAUCUUUGGGAGAUUGCUCAGGAAGACAAAAGCAAGAAGGCCAGGACCUGCUGUUCUUGUGCAGCAAGCAAAGGGCAGACGGCGACAACUGACACUCAGUGUGUUCCAGCAGAUCUCCCAGAGGCACACAAGCCCGUUGGGAUGGAGCCAAGUCCCCGGAGGCCCUUCUUCUCUGCAUCACUCAGCUCGCCCUCGCCUCGCAGUAACCCUACUCGACGGCGACCAAUCAAACAUGACUCUUGGGACGUGGAGGAUGGAAUCGAUGAUGCAUUCUCAAGCAACAUGGAAGUAGAGGAGAUGGACACCGACUGGCCUAGCCCUGCUCCGAACCCAUCUCUGACAAUGCAGCUCUGAGUGUCUGGGAGGUCUCCAUCUAGAAUCUGUUGUCUGCAACAAUGAAUUUGAAAAACAUACGCAGGGAAUAGCUUCACAACUUACAGAACCCCCGAAAUUUGAUGGAAAUCAUAUCCCUCAGGCCCCGAGAACAACAACAAAUACCAAAACACUACUUGAACGGAUAGAAACAUAUCAUGCUUCUCUGUGCACAAACUGAAUCAGAGAGACUCUGUUUGAUUUUCGAUGACUGCUGCAGAGAAGACGGAAUGGAUACCCUGCUAUUAUAAACUACGGUUUGUGUGAAUGCCUGCCAGUCAACACACUGCAUUCAGUCCUUCAGUCAUCUCCUGCCAUAUUCAAACUCUCACAAACUGCCAUCUGUCUGAGAUCUGUCAUCUCUUUCUGAAAGUUCUCUUAUCUUGUCAUUUGCUUGAAGUAGUAACAGCUGCCAGACUCAGCAGUCGCUGGAAAAAGUCCAUUGUUAGAGGUACAAAUCUUUAGUUAUGUUUGAUAAAUUAUGCGUUGAGCAUUUGGUUUGUUGUGCUGAUUCAACCAGUUCUUUGAAGAAUGAAACGGCAUGCAUGCACCCAUGUAUCAUCUUUUUUAUUGAUUGCAACAUAAAUUUGUCUGUAAAAAAAGCCACAAUCAACCUGGGAAAUUAAGGAAAUGUUUCUGAUAGAGGAAUACGUGUAACAUUUAUAGAGUGUGGUACACUGCAAUAUUUAUGGCCAACAAAUUAAAUCAAGUAAAAAUCAAACAUGUACUUCACUCCCAACACAAGACUGCUUACUUAUCCAGGAUUUAAACCUAAUCUCUUUGCCUCUCUUCAGCAGAUAGAUUUGCUCGGUUAUCAUGGAGAUUGUUUAGUUUGUUGUAUAUAACAAACUAAACAAUCAAUAUAUUGGGGGGAUGGCAUCCAGAUAUAAAAAAAUAUUGUCUUGUAAAGUCAAUUUAAUAUAUAGCCCAACAUCAAAAGUCACAAAAUUUGUCUCAAAGGACUUAACGAUCUGUUCAGUAUACAACACCAUCUGUACUUGAAUAAAAAAAAACUCCCCCAAGAAAAAUGGAAGAAAGAAAAAAAAAAGUGAAUAAAUUAUCAGAAGAUGGAAUUGAGUUACCCAUUUUUUAAUCCAUGUGUUACCAUGUGACCAAAACUGGCAUGGACUGUGCACUGCUCAGGACAGGAGAGCUCUACAGUGGGUGUUUGAAACCGCCCAUUGGAUUGAUACCCAUCGGCCAAGCAUCAGUGGUAUUGGUGAGGUGUUUAGAGCUCAAAUGAUGAGAUAAUGCCCACCCCAGCAACCGGUUGUACACCCUGCCGCUGUUGCACCACCAGACUAGAGAGCAGCUUCUUUCCUAAGGCUAUAAGACUCCUCAACUCCUCCUCCAUUCUUCCCCAUUAAUAAUAAAACGUUUUGUGCAGAAUAAAGUGACUACAACUUGGGCAACACUGUGUUGUAGAAUGACAAUAAAUGAACCUCACCAUGACAACUAAGCAAGUUCAUUUGCUGAGGAAGGCCAUGAGUUGUUGAGAAAAGCUUUGGAAGGUCGAGAAUGAACUCUCAUGCUCAAGCGUAGUGUGGCUCUAUAGUAUCAGACACUUAUGUCUCAUUGGGUUUAACCCUCAUGUUGUCCUCGGGUCAAUUUUGACCCAUUUUCAGUUUUCUAAAUCACAAAAAAUGGGCGUCUGAAAUAAGCUGAAAAUGUCAACGUUAGAAAUAUAAAAUAACUUUGGAAAAAAAAAUCAAAAAAAGCACCCACAACAUUGAAAAAGUGACCAAAAUGUCAGAAAAAGCUAUAUCUUUUUUUCAUGGUUGACGGGAAGACAACACAAGGGUUUAAAGCAAUGCCUUUAGUAAGCUACAGCUUAGGGACCACCAUCAAUGCUUUUGACAAACAAUUACAUUGUUUAGAAUUUGAAGGGGUUCUCCAGUGAUUUGGUAUUGCACUUUUUUUGUUUUAAUGUUGGGUGGCUAAAAUGAGACAGAUUACAAAAAGAAUGAUCAGAACUUAAGCAGCAAAGGCCAAGAUAUCCUCACCUGUUACUCCCUAUUAUGAGCCUAGCGCCAAAAACACUGCAUCCUACAUUACCCAUAAUGCAGUUACUGUCUUUUAUUACGACCCUUUUUGCCUGGUAACACCCAAAUUUUCCAAACUCCACGCUUCCAGUUUGUCAGGCCGGCUUUGAUUAAAAUACAAGAAAGACCAUAAUCCUGAUGACAUCACUAUAACCUCAUCUGGGUUGUUUUCACAGACUUUAGAGCCACACAUUAUACAACUGUUUUUGCAGUUACAAAUCCAAAUUCCAAUGGAAUUAGGAUGUUGUGUAAAAUGUAAAUAAAAACAGAAUACCAUGAUUUGCAAAUCCUUUUCAACCUAUGUUCAAUUGAAUACACUACAAGGACAAGACAUUUAAUGUUCAAACUGAUGGUUAAUCUUGUGUUGUUGUUUUGCACAUUUUUUAUUUUGAAAUUGAUGCCUGCAACACCUUCAAAAAAAGCUGGGACAGGGCAUGUUUACCACUGUGUUACAUCACCUUUUCUUUUAACGACACCCAAUAAGCAUUUGGGAACUGAGAACACUAAUUGUUAAAACUUUGUAGGUGGAAUUCGUACCCAUUCUUGCUUGAUGUACGACGACUUGCUCAACAGUCAGGGGUCUCCUUUGUUGUAUUUUGCGCUUCAUAAUGUGCCACACAUCUUCAAUGGGAGACAUGUCUGGACUGCAGCCAUGCUGUUGUAACACUUGAAGAAUGAAAUUAGCAGGGACGUCCCUGAAAAGACUUUGCUUGGAUGGCAGCAUAUGUUGCUUCAAAACCUGUUUGUACCUUUCAGCAUUAAUGGCGCCUUCACAGAUGUGCAAAUUACCCAUGCCAUGAGCGCUAACACACCCCCAUACCAUCACAGAAGCUGGCUUUUGAACUUUGCACUGAUAACAAUCUGGACUGUCCUUUUCCUCUGUGGCCCGGAGGUCGUGAUGUCCAUGAUUUCCAACAACAACUUAAAUGUGGACUUGUCAGACCACAGCAUACUUUAACACGUUGAUGAUAUUAUGGAUUGUAGAUAAUGAAAUCCCUAAAUUUCUUGCAAUUGUAUGUUGAAAAACGUUCUUAAACUGUUGGACUCUUUGCUUAAGCAGUUGUUCACAAAGUGGUGAACCUUGCCCCAUCCUUGCCUGUGAACGACUGAGCCUUUUGGGGAUGCUCCUUUUAUACGGUACCAAUCAUGAACAAUUAACCCAUUCACCUGUGGAAUGUUCCAAACCAGUGUUCUUUGAACAUUCCUCAAAUUUCCCGGUCUUUUGUUACGCUUUAUUGGAAUGUGUCGCAGGCAUCAAGUUCUGUAAAAGGGUGCAUGCUCUUCCAGUUGAGCUACCCAGGAACCCCAAAAAUUAAUUAACAUUUGCAAAAAAAAAUAAAGUUUUGAAUAUUUAAUACCUUGUCUUUGUAGUGUAUUCAAUUGAAUAUAGGUUGGAAAAGAUUUGCAAAUCAUUGUAUUCUGUUUUUAUUUACGUUUUACACAGCGUCACAACUUCAUUUGGAAUUGGGGUUUGUAGUACUAAUCAUAACAAACAAACUGAAAUUGAUUUGUAAAAUUGAUGGUUGCCCCUUUAAGGUAAAUGCAUCUUAAUCUGGUUUUCUAAUCUUGAAUCCAUCAAAAAACACACUCAAGGGCGACCUUACUAUUGAAAAAAAUGUAAAAUUAAUAAUUUAUUGAUAACCCUUGUGCUUGCUUGCGUUAUGUUAACAGUGUCUAUACACAACACGAUCUGUAUGACUUAACACAACAGUAAACCAGUUAGUCAUUCCUGUAACAAUCAAUUUUAGUGCCGUUUUAUAUCAAUAUGGCUUAUGUAACCAAAAUAUAAUGUCUGUUUUACAUUCUGCUGUCUCCUCAACCCGUUAGCGGCCCCUGUAAAUAAAAGUAAUGAUAUUGUUAAAGAAAAGCAAUGUUGUAAGGUUACGAGGACAAGUGUUUGGCAAGACCAAACUUUUAGAGUAAAGAAACCUAUUUCCAUAUGCUGUAUUUUUUCAAUGUCAAAGCUGUGUAUUUAUGUAUGCAUAUUGUAUCAUUAUCAAAGAAGUAGGAUGAAUAGAAUUGGAGCUUCACACAGCUUGUUUUUAAGAAACAGUUAUCACUCUUGUUAAUAUGUGAAUGUGUAUAUGGUUGUAUGUUUUGCACUAGGUUAGACAAUUUGUACAAAUGUAAUUGUAUGUGUUUUUUAUUACUUCAGGAAUUGCUUUAUUUUUUAAAAAGUUACCCGCACACACAGUUCACAUUUUCCACUCUUAACUUCAAUCCGUCUCAAAAAAACAUUUCCCAAAUCUUAUUAUCGACUAAUAUUGCUCUCCUUAGACUCAGCAAAUUAUUUUCAUCCAUCCGCUCAGCUGACAUUCACUGUCAAGAGGAUAUUAUAAUUUGCCCCCAGAAGUGGUCCUUCUCUCUGUAUUCAUGGCAUCAUGACUGAGGGGAACUCAGUGUCGUUGUCAUGACACCCGCUGCAAAAUAAUUGGAUGGCUUAUCAGGUUAUGCUGCCGUGAAGCUUAAUUGCGUUGUUUUGUUCCUGACAGGCUAAAAUACUGACUCCAUUGCAUCAUUGAAACAAAGCUCUUUACUGUUUGGGUAUCAUAAAUAGCCUCCAGCAUGUCUACAGAGGAUCAUUAGUAUCCACCGUUGAGCAGAGUGCACUGUCAAAAUGCAACAUAGUCAUUUUGCCUUAUCUUUCUGUUGAACAUUUUUCCAUACUACUACAUUUCACCUUUUCAGCCCCGUCAUUGAUUUGACUGAUUGAUUCGUGUGUGGAGGCUUCAGUAUCUGCUGAUUGAGAGAUGGGCUGCUGUCCAGGAGCUCUCAGACUCGAUAAUGGUUUUCGAUAAUAACAACCUUCAAACACUUUUCAAGCACAGCUACUAAUAAGGAUAAAAGCUGGAGUUACUUUUGCACAGCUUCACCACGAGCUUCAUUAUUUUCCAAUGCAGAGACAAAUGAAGGGCACUGUUAGAUAUAAGUAAGACAUAGUUUUUCACCCCAAAUUUGCCCUUUUUAAUUGAUUUUCAAGCAAAAAAAAGCAGUGUAAUAUAUUUUUCAGCCACGUCCCUCUGUGUUAUUAUUUAUAUUUGAUCAAUCCCUGUAUUCAUUGUAUUGUGGCACAAAUUGAUCUGCUUGACUGAGAGUUUUGUUUCAUGUAGUAAGUAUUGUCUACACAGUACACUUAUUCCCUGCAAAUCUUGAAUGAAUGCUGUUUUUUUGGCACAGCAGAGAAUUGUCCAUGCGGGCGUGUGGGACAGACCUGCACUUGGACGUGUAAUAUGCCAAUUUGAGUCCGGAGUGCACUGAAUACAAAUCACGCUGCGGCGGUUUAAGGCCAGGAAAACAUCUGAUGCUUUCAGAAUUUUCAGAUACGCUAUACACUACUUUCCCAAAUUAACCACUGAUGUUUACAGUAUCGGUUUACUUUUCAAAGAAGGUGCUUAUUUUCUAUCUAUGCAAUCAGUAGGUUUCCAACAGUGUCGUGAUAUUAUAAUAAUAGCAAUUGUGUGUAUGAACCACAAGCAGUUGUCCUGAACUGUGUAAAAUGUGUGUAGAAUUUGGAAACUAAUAUGGUUUGUUACAUAUUUAUGCAUACAAAAUAUUAAUAAUAAACAAUAAGACUUUGUACAAAUA